GAGGCUUGAAACUACAGGAAAUGUUUGGUGCUGCUGACACAGAGAACGGAGGUGUCAUGCUAAGUAAAGAGCUUCCAGAUAUUGAGAGCAUCUUGGCUCUGAAUCCAAGGGUCAAGACUCAUGCUGAGAUCAUGUCCACAGAGAACAAGAAGAAGGAAAAGCAACAUUGGAAGCGAAAUCCUGACAGGGGCUGUGAUUCCUGUGUGAAGUUGGAGAACAACUUUGAUGAUAUCAAGCACACAACCCUGAGCGAGCGUGGAGCCCUUCGAGAAGCUCUGAGGUGUCUGAAAUGUGUGGAUGCUCCCUGUCAGAAGAGUUGUCCCACUAACUUGGACAUCAAGUCAUUUAUUACAAGCAUCUCUAAUAAGAACUACUAUGGAGCAGCACGGGCCAUCCUGUCUGACAACCCUCUUGGUCUGACCUGUGGAAUGGUGUGUCCCACAUCAGAGCUGUGUGUUGGGGGCUGCAACCUGUAUGCCUCUGAGGAGGGUCCCAUUAACAUCGGAGGUUUGCAGCAGUUUGCUACUGAGGUGUUUAGUAAGAUGGGCAUCCCUCAGAUCCGAAAUCCUGAGCUACCACCACCUGAUGAGAUGCCUCAGUCUUACCAUGCGCCUAUUGCUCUGAUUGGCUGUGGCCCCGCUUCCGUUAGCUGCGCCUCCUUUCUCGGCCGCCUCGGAUAUGAUAACAUUACCAUAUUUGAGAAACAGAAAUACACUGGAGGGCUAAGUACAGCAGAAAUCCCCCAGUUCCGCCUUCCUUAUGAGGUUGUCCAGUUUGAAAUAGACUUGAUGAAGGACCUAGGGGUCAAGGUGGUGUGUGAGAAGGGGCUUGGAAUGGACGGAAUGACUCUGACUUCUCUGAAAGAAGACGGAUUCAAGGCGAUCUUCAUUGGAAUUGGUCUCCCCCAGGCCAACAGAGCAGAAAUCUUCAAGGGUUUAUUUAUGGAUCAAGGCUUCUUCACUUCCAAAGAUUUUCUGCCCAUGGUGGCCACAGCCAGCAAGAAAGGGAUGUGCCAGUGUCGCUCCUCCCUCCCUCAGUUACGAGGAGUGGUGAUUGUCCUGGGUGCUGGCGACACUGCCUUCGACUGUGCAACCUCUGCCCUCCGCUGUGGAGCCAAGAAAGUGUUUGUCUGCUUCAGGAAGGGAUUCACCAACAUUAGGGCUGUCCCUGAGGAGAUGGAGUUGGCUAAGGAGGAGCGGUGUGAAUUCCUCCCCUUCCUCUCUCCCCGAGAGGUCAUCGUGAAGAAUGGGCACAUUGCCGGAUUGCAGUUUUGUCGCACUGAGCAGACAGAGGAUGGACAUUGGUUGGAAGAUAAGGACCAAGUUGUGAGGUUGAAGGCAGACUACAUCAUCAGUGCUUUUGGUUCCAUGCUCAGUGAGCCAACAGUGAGGGAAGCAAUGUCUUCAGUCAAGCUGAGCCGUUGGGGUACUCCGGAGGUCAACACAGAAACCAUGCAGACCAGUGAGCCUUGGGUGUUUGCAGGAGGAGACAUUGCUGGACUGGCAAACACCACGGUGGAAUCGGUCAAUGAUGGCAAACAGGCCUCAUGGCAUAUUCAUAGAUACAUACAGUCCCUCUAUGGCCAAACAGUGGAUACAGUUCCAAAAAUGCCACUGUUCUACAGUGCUAUUGAUCAAGUGGACAUCAGCGUUGAGGUUUGUGGAAUAACGUUUCCCAACCCAUUUGGCCUAGCCUCUGCCCCUCCCACCACCAGCGCAGCUAUGAUCCGAAGAGCUUUCGAACAAGGAUGGGGUUUUGCGUUGACCAAAACAUUUGGACUGGAUAAAGACCUGGUUACUAAUGUGUCUCCUCGUAUUGUGCGCGGUACCACCUCCGGUCAUGUGUACGGACCAGGUCAGGGAUCAUUCCUCAACAUUGAGCUGAUCAGUGAAAAGACAGCAGCCUACUGGUGUCAGUCAGUUGCUGAGCUUAAGAAAGACUUUCCAAACAAUGUUGUGAUCUCUAGCAUCAUGUGCGGUUACAACAAGGAAGACUGGACAGAAUUGGCUCAUAUGGCUGUGAAAUCAGGUGCUGAUGCAUUGGAGUUAAAUCUGUCCUGUCCUCAUGGAAUGGGAGAGAGAGGCAUGGGGCUGGCCUGUGGUCAGGACCCUGUGCUGGUCCGUAACAUCUGUCGCUGGGUGCGAGCUGCUUCUUCCAUCCCAUUCUUUGCCAAAUUGACACCAAAUGUUACCAACAUUGUCGAUAUUGCCAAGGCUGCUUAUGAAGGUGGAGCAGAUGGGGUUACAGCCACAAACACAGUUUCAGGUAUGAUGGGACUGAAGGCAGAUGGAUCACCUUGGCCAAGUGUCGGCGCUGGCAAGCGCACCACAUAUGGAGGGGUAUCAGGUAAUGCCAUCAGACCAAUCGCUCUCAGAGCUGUAUCAGCCAUUGCCAAAGCACUUCCCGCUUUCCCAAUUUUGGCCACUGGGGGAAUUGACUCAGCAGAAACCGGUUUACAGUUUCUUCAUGCUGGUGCCUCAGUGCUACAGGUGUGCAGUGCCGUUCAGAACCAAGACUUCACAUUGAUUGAGGACUACUGUGUGGGUUUGAAGACCUUGCUGUACUUGAAGAGCCUUGACAUGAAGGACUGGGAUGGGCAGUCUCCUCCAACAGAGAGACAUCAGAAGGGAAAACCCAUUCCGAGAUUGGAAGGACUGGUUGGACAGAGUCUCCCGAGUUUUGGACCAUACCUCCAGAAGAGGACAGAGGCCAUUGCAGAGUAUAAGAAACAGCUCAGAGAUGCUGGUGGUGUCGAUGUGAUGGAAGCCAAUGUCACUAAAAUGAACACACCUAAAAAAACAGUACCAGCUGUCAAGGAUGUGAUAGCAAGAGCGUUGCGCCACAUUGGAGCCUACCAAGAACUUAACAACAUGGAACAGGUUCAGGCUCUGAUAGAUGAGGAGAUGUGCAUCAACUGUGGGAAAUGUUACAUGACCUGCAACGACUCUGGCUAUCAGGCUAUAACGUUCGACCCAGAGACCCAUCUUCCAUUUGUAACUGACAGCUGUACUGGAUGUACUCUAUGCCUGAGCGUCUGUCCAAUCAUAGACUGCGUCAAGAUGAUUAACAGGACAACGCCUUACAAACCCAAGAGGGGUGUGCCACUUAAUCUAGUCUGCUGAAGUAAAAGUCAACUAAAACUUCACCUUGUCUGACCUGAUGAAAUCUGUCACAUCACUGAUAUAUGCUGGCAUAACAUUGCCAGAGUGCUUUUCUUCAGGAGAGCAAUUUUGUUACCUUUUGGCCGUCUGACUCGAACACAGCAAUAUUUAGGGAUUUAGGAGAGUGGCCACUUUGAUGGUUAGCACUGAAGAGUACACACUUCUUUUGUGGGAUGCAUGUUGCUGAGAUGUUUUCUGUUUUUAUUUUAUUCCGAGUAACAUCCUGGAAUGUACUUUUAUUGUCGUAUCUGUAACACUAAUAUCUAUGGAACUCACGCUAUUGUUACAUAUAUAUAUAUCAUUUGUGUAAUUAUCAGCAUUUGUGAUGAUGAAGAAUCUGUCUGGGAAAGCUGUUGAUGAAAAUGGAUUGGUAUUUUAUUUUGAAAUGAGAAUGUAUUCAUUGUCAUGGUUUUAAAUAGACAAGAUGCAGGUGCCAGAAUUUCCUUCAGGGGCAAUAAAGUGUCUACUUUUA